AUGUGUCCAGAAGGAAGAGAAGAUGUGUCCAGGAGGAAGACAAGAUGUGUCCAGAAGGAAGAGAAGAUGUGUCCAGGAGGAAGAGAAGAUGUGUCCAGAAGGAAGACAAGAUGUGUCCAGAAGGAAGAGAAGAUGUGUCCAGGAGGAAGACAAGAUGUGUCCAGGAGGAAGACAAGAUGUGUCCAGGAGGAAGACAAGAUGUGUCCAGGAGGAAGACAAGAUGUGUCCAGGAGGAAGACAAGAUGUGUCCAGGAGGAAGACAAGAUGUGUCCAGGAGGAAGACAAGAUGUGUCCAGGAGGAAGACAAGAUGUGUCCAGGAGGAAGACAAGAUGUGUCCAGGAGGAAGCCAAGAUGUGUCCAGAAGGAAGAGAACAUGUGUCCAGGAGGAAGCCAAGAUGUGUCCAGAAGGAAGAGAACAUGUGUCCAGGAGGAAGACAAGAUGUGUCCAGGAGGAAGACAAGAUGUGUCCAGGAGGAAGAGAACAUGUGUCCAGGAGGAAGCCAAGAUGUGUCCAGGAGGAAGACCAGAUGUGUCCAGGAGGAAGCCAAGAUGUGUCCAGGAGGAAGACAAGAUGUGUCCAGAAGGAAGAGAAGAUGUGUCCAGGAGGAAGAGAAGAUGUAUCCAGAAGGAAGCCAAGAUGUGUCCAGGAGGAAGCCAAGAUGUGUCCAGGAGGAAGAGAACAUGUGUCCAGAAGGAAGCCAAGAUGUGUCCAGGAGGAAGCCAAGAUGUGUCCAGGAGGAAGCCAAGAUGUGUCCAGGAGGAAGCCAAGAUGUGUCCAGGAGGAAGCCAAGAUGUGUCCAGGAGGAAGCCAAGAUGUGUCCAGGAGGAAGCCAAGAUGUGUCCAGAAGGAAGCCAAGAUGUGUCCAGAAGGAAGACAAGAUGUGUCCAGAAGAAAGAGAAGAUGUGUCCAGAAGGAAGAGAAGAUGUGUCCAGGAGGAAGCCAAGAUGUGUCCAGAAGGAAGCCAAGAUGUGUCCAGAAGGAAGACAAGAUGUGUCCAGAAGAAAGAGAAGAUGUGUCUAGAAGGAAGACAAGAUGUGUCCAGGAGGAAGCCAAGAUGUGUCCAGAAGGAAGCCAAGAUGUGUCCAGAAGGAAGACAAGAUGUGUCCAGAAGAAAGAGAAGAUGUGUCCAGAAGGAAGAGAAGAUGUGUCCAGGAGGAAGCCAAGAUGUGUCCAGAAGGAAGCCAAGAUGUGUCCAGGAGACAAGACAAGAUGUGUCCAGGAGACAAGACAAGAUGUGUCCAGGAGACAAGACAAGAUGUGUCCAGGAGACAAGACAAGAUGUGUCCAGGAGACAAGACAAGAUGUGUCCAGGAGACAAGACAAGUUGUGUCCAGGAGACAAGACAAGAUGUGUCCAGGAGACAAGACAAGAUGUGUCCAGGAGACAAGACAAGAUGUGUCCAGGAGACAAGACAAGAUGUGUCCAGGAGACAAGACAAGAUGUGUCCAGGAGACAAGACAAGAUGUGUCCAGGAGACAAGACAAGAUGUGUCCAGGAGACAAGACAAGAUGUGUCCAGGAGACAAGACAAGAUGUGUCCAGGAGACAAGACAAGAUGUGUCCAGGAGACAAGACAAGAUGUGUCCAGGAGACAAGACAAGAUGUGUCCAGAAGGAAGACAUGAUGUGACCACCUUCAAGAAGUAA